AUCAAUCCGGUCUCGCCCGUUCAGUGUGGGGGGUCGCCAGUGGAGCAUCCGCUAUUACCCCAAUGGCACAGAUUCUGAGUGCGCUGACUUCGUAUCCUUCGUCCUCUUUCUCGCCAAGAGUGCCGGCGGGCCCAUGAAGGCGCGUGUCAGGUUCCAUUUGCUCGAUCGGGCAGGGAACCCGCUGCCGUCGAAAUCCCGAACCACAGGUCCAUGCGAGUUCUCUCCUGGUGGUUCAGGCUAUGGCUUCAGUAUCAUUAAAAGGGAGUUCUUGGAGAAGUCGGAGCAGCUCUUGAUGAACGACUCCUUCAAGAUCAGCUGCGACAUCAUUAUUCCCAUGGAACUCCGCACGGAGGACAGGAUUGUCUCGCUCCUAGACGCAGUACCACCACCUGACCUGAAUCAGCAUCUUAGCGAUCUCCUUAUGUCCAAAGAGGGCGCCGACGUUACUUUCCAAGUUGCCGGCGAGGCAUUUAGCGCGCACAGGUUUCUGCUUGCGGCGCGGUCGCGAGUCUUUAAAGCACAGCUGUGUGGCGCCAUGAAGGAGAGCACGGCCACAGGGGACUGCAUCCGGAUUGACGACAUGUUACCUCAGGUGUUCAAGGCCUUGCUCCAGUUCAUCUACACUGACUCGCUGCCACAGAUGGAGGAACAACAGGAGGCCGUGAUGGCCCAGCAUCUGCUGGAAGCAGCGGACAGGUAUGACAUGCAGAGGCUCAAGCUGAUUUGUGAGGAGAAGCUGUACAGGCACAUAGACGUCAGCACGGCUGCAACCACGUUGGUGUUGGCUGAACAGCACUGCUGCCGUGGUCUCAAGAAGGCUUGCAUCGAGUUUCUGAAAUCUCCUGAUGCACUGGAAGCAGUCAUGGAAACUGAUGGCUUUGAGCAUCUGACUAAAAGCUGCCCUGCUCUUGUGAAGGAGUUGAUGUCAGAGCUUUACGUGUUCAAGCAAUGCAAGAGGAGGAAAUUGAAGGCAUGAGCUUAGGACUUCAUCAUUUGGUAACGAAGAUUCUGACUAUCCUAGAAGAAAUUAGUGGUUAAACCUGAUAAAACUAGUUAUGGUUUUAUAAUAUGUUUAUUAGUCUUGACCUCAAAAGUAUGGGAUUGGGAUGUGCCUGUGCUUGUUUUUUGUUGCCUAGUCUUGGCACUAAUUCUAACUAUGAUGCAAGAAACAA